AUGUCUGGUGGUUUCUACAAGUAUCGUUGCAAAUACUUUUAUACCCACAACUGCCAAAAUUGGGUUUGGGUGAACAAAGCGCCAUGUGCAACUUGCAUGGCUGAAGGACGAGAUGAUGAAAAGGCUCCCACUUCCGGAUGGAUGAUGUCUCGAGAUAUCGCGGUGCCUCGUGUCCAGGAUGGCGUUCUGCAAUACGCAAUGAUGGAGCUUGUUGCUCCCACUGUUCCUGGAGAGGACUGGCAUCUCAGAGACAAGGUUGCUCGAAUCCACCCUGCCGAUUCAGUGAACAACGGCAUAUCAGCAGCAGCUGGAAAUACUUCCACCGAGUCUUGGACUAUCGGAGACAAAGCAGCUCGGCCGCCACCAGCUGUUCCAGUCACCAGUGCCAUGCCCGAGGCGCCUGGCCUGGUGUCGUCCGGGCAGUGA